ACACAUCUCUUCAGUCCAAUCACUGCAUUUUUAACUUUACGCACAUUGUUUUUUUUUUUUUUCUCCCUUUCCAUAAGCAAUCCAAACACAUUUUCAGUUUUCACUGCCUCAUUGCGUUUCCAAAAAGCAUGAAAUUUUCGUUAAUGGGUCUACAUCUGUAUCUGUGUCGACUUUGGCAUUUUGUUUUGGCCUUUGCGUGUUUGGUUCUAUCUUCGUGAGUGAUUAUCAUUAAUCUUUUUCUUCUUUUUUUUUGUGUGCGCGUGCGAGAGAACUAGCCGACUAGGAGAUAAUGGUAUGGGAAGCACGGGGGACGAGCAGAGCAGAGCUGAGCAGUGCUAGUAGAGACCAACAGUAUACUCACAUGGAAUUUGUGGGGAUUGCCCAAAACAAAUAGAAAUCACAUCCGGCAUUCCCAGAUCUCUAGGAUCUCAGAAUUUCAGGGUUAGAUGUUUGCUCGCUUGCAUUCUCGAGAAAAUUCUCUUUUCUUUUGCUGUUUGUCUCAGCUCAUUCGGUGCCCAUCCCACUCGGUUUGAUUCGAAGUCCUCUGUUUCCGAGCUGGGUAUUUUGUGGUCAUGUUAUACUAGCAUCUGGGUCUUUCGUUUCUUUAAGCUUUAUCUACUAGUAACUGAGUUUUGUUUGUCAGUGUAAAGGCUAACAGACAGAUAGCGCCACUGUCUUCCGUUUUUGGUAAUGGUGGGUCUGGUUUUCUGAUUUUGAGCUUUUUGUUUGAAUAAGGGAAGUUUUAAGAAAUAAGUUCAUUUGAGAAUGGCUUGUGUUCGUAUUGGUUAUGGUCUUUCCAUCGAUGGAUACUGGUUGAGCAAAGAAGGUAGAAGUUUUUAGUGUUACCGUGAAUAGAGUAUGGCAAGAAAUAGUUUCAUGCUCUGGAAAGUUGGUCUGCUGGUUCUAGCAUUGAUGGAGACUUCUUCUGCUACUCUUUCUCCAGCUGGUAUAAACUAUGAAGUUGUAGCUUUGAUGGCCAUUAAAAGUGGGCUUUUUGAUCCACAUAAUGUUCUGGAGAAUUGGGAUAUUAAUUCCGUAGAUCCCUGUAGCUGGAGGAUGGUUACUUGUUCUGCCGAUGGCUAUGUAUCCGUUUUGGGAUUGCCAAGCCAGAGCUUGUCCGGGACCUUAUCACCGGGGAUUGGAAACCUCAGUAACUUGCAAUCUGUGCUGCUGCAGAACAAUGAUAUCUCAGGUCCAAUUCCUGCUACCAUUGGAAAGUUGGAGAAGCUUCAGACGUUAGAUCUCUCCAACAAUACAUUCAAUGGCGAUAUACCUAGUUCCUUGGGGGGCCUCAAGAACCUGAAUUAUUUGAGGUUAAACAAUAACAGCCUUUCUGGAUCCUGUCCUGAGUCUCUGUCCAAUAUUGAAGGUCUUACUCUCGUGGAUCUUUCCUUUAACAAUCUCAGUGGUACCUUGCCAAAAAUACCAGCAAGAACUUUCAAAAUUUUCGGUAACCCUUUAAUUUGCGGGGCUAAGGCUGAAAACAAUUGUUCUGCUGUCAUUCCAGAGCCACUGUCCUUCCCCCCAGAUGAGCUAAAAGGACAAUCAGACUCCGAAAGAAAAAGCCACAAUGUGGCGAUUGCUUUUGGAGCAAGUUUUGGUGCUGUUUUUUUCAUCAUUCUUGUUGUUGGGUUAGUUGUUUGGUGGCGAUACAGACACAACCAGCAGAUUUUCUUUGAUGUCAAUGUUGCAGAUCAAUAUGACCCGGAGGUAUGCCUUGGCCAUUUGAAAAGGUAUGCAUUUAAGGAGCUUCGAGCUGCAACUGACCACUUCAGCUCAAAGAAUAUUCUAGGGAGAGGUGGUUUUGGGAUUGUAUACAAGGGAUGCUUGAACGAUGGAACUCUGGUGGCAGUUAAAAGGCUGAAGGACUUUAAUGCAGCUGCUGGUGAAAUUCAAUUUCAGACAGAAGUUGAGAUGAUAAGUUUGGCUGUUCAUCGAAAUCUUCUCAGGCUUUGUGGGUUCUGUUCGACUGAGAAUGAGCGGCUCCUUGUUUACCCCUAUAUGCCCAAUGGAAGUGUAGCCUCUCGGCUAAGAGAUCAUGUUCAUGGCCGGCCAACUUUGGACUGGACAAGGCGUAAGAGAAUAGCUUUAGGCACGGCAAGGGGGCUAGUAUAUUUGCAUGAGCAAUGUGACCCAAAAAUUAUCCACCGUGAUGUCAAAGCAGCAAAUAUUUUGCUCGAUGAAGACUAUGAUGCAGUUGUUGGAGAUUUUGGGUUGGCAAAGCUUUUGGAUCAUAGAGAUUCUCAUGUCACUACAGCCGUGCGUGGGACUGUUGGCCACAUUGCUCCAGAAUACUUGUCAACAGGCCAGUCAUCGGAAAAGACUGAUGUCUUUGGCUUUGGGAUUUUGCUCCUAGAGCUCAUCACAGGUCAGAAGGCGAUAGAUUUCGGGCGAGCAGUAAACCAGAAGGGUGUAAUGCUUGAUUGGGUCAAGAAGCUCCAUCAGGAAGGGAAACUAAGUCAAAUGGUAGACAAGGAUCUAAAGAGCAAUUUUGACAGGGUUGAGUUGGAAGAAAUUGUUCAGGUUGCCCUCUUAUGUACUCAAUUUAAUCCUUCUUGCCGCCCGAAGAUGUCAGAAGUACUAAAAAUGUUGGAAGGGGAUGGAUUAGCUGAGAAGUGGGAAGCCUCACAGAAGGUUGAGACACCAAGGUUUGGAUAUUCUGAAAUCCCUCAAAGAUAUUCAAGUUUUAUAGAAGAAUCUUCACUUGUGGUGGAAGCAAUGGAGCUUUCUGGACCUAGGUGACUUUUUUCUUUUAUUCACCCCACCUCCCCCUUCUACACCUCCAUCAUUAAGUGCAGUGAUUUGAAUGAGAACAUGUGAUUGGUGUUGGAAGCUGCUGAACGUACCUAUUAAUCUGUAUAAAAGAAAAAGUAAAUUCAUGUAUAAGUUAUCUUUGUUCUUUGUCUUAAAGUUAGUUAUUAAAACUUCUUCAAAAAUAGAAGUCCUGGAUAUUUGUUCCAGAUUGAUUUCCUUUAA